AUGGAUGAGCUGCAGCUGGGGAGAGCGGCUGGUGCUCAGCAGCAAGAGCCUCCCAAUGGAGAGCAGCAGCAGCAGCAGCAGCAGCAGGUGCUGCAGCAGCAGCAUCUACUGGUGGCUGCUGACUUAGAGAGAGGCAGUCAAUCUGAUGGGCAGGUGCCUCUCUUAGGACAUCGUCAGCAGCAGCAGCAGUCUCUGCAGCACCAUCGGCAGCGCCACCUACAUCGGCACAGCCGCACAGCAGCAGCAGCAGCAGCGGCAGCAGCAGACAGCUACUGGCUGCAGCUGAGGAUAUUCAGCUCCCUCACUCUGCAUGCAGUUAAUAUCUGCGUGCAUUCGCUUAAUGCUGUGCUGCUCUUCAAGACGUAG